AUGGAACGUGUAAAAGAUAAAAUAUUCAUUCGACCAAUUGUUUAUGGUAAUACUGCCCAUUAUUUGGGUAAAAAACGCGAAGAAGAUGGGCAUACACAUGAAUGGACAGUAUUCGUGAAACCUUACUACAAUGAAGAUCCAUCAAAAUAUAUUCGAAAAGUACAAUUCAAAUUACACGAUUCAUAUGCUAAUGCAACACGAAUGGUCGAAAAACCGCCAUAUGAAGUGACCGAAACAGGUUGGGGCGAAUUUGAGAUUCAAAUUCGAAUAUAUUUUGUCGACGUUAAUGAAAAACCGGUAACAGCGUUCCAUUAUCUUAGGUUAUUUCAACCACAAGUUACACUUCCCAACGGCAAAACGAUGGUUGCUGCAGAAUAUUACGAUGAAAUUGUAUUUCAAGAACCUACAAUGUCAAUGUAUAAAGUGUUAUCGCAUUUAGAGGGACGCAAAGCUGAACCGAGACGUUUUCAUACUGACUGUAUGUCUUUCUCGAUUGUUAAAUUCUUUUCCUUUUUUUUUGAUUUCUCCUUUUGUACUUUUUUUUUAUAUCUCUGUGGAAUCAAUGUAAAAAGCAAUUCUUUUAAUAUUGAUUAA